GCUAGUGUCUCUUCUGGAGCCGCCAGAGUCGCGCGCAGCUCCGCCAGAGCUCGUCUUUGUUUAUCAACGACACGCGCUCGCGGCUCUCUCGAUGUAACCGCUUUGGCUGUACUGUGUCUUCGGUACAAUAAACGACAAAGCGAGGACUCGGUCGAGCACGUACUACACCUUCCGAGAGAGAUGCAGGUUGACUAGCGCAUUGUUGGCUCGCAUCCUUGCAGUGCACGUUGUGUAAACACCGCGAGGAGGAGAGAGCGACAGGCCACGUGUGAGCGAGAGGUGUGACUCGCGUAUAACGCGUCGCGUUUCCUUAUCCUCUAAUGUCGCCGUUGGUCGUUCAUAGCUGAUGCCCCUAUUCUAGGGAUUUACCUCCAUCACUCGCCAUUAUAAGUGCGCGUGCGACCGCCAGUACAGCUGUACCGGACGGACACUACGUAACGCUCCAAAGAAUUCUCGAGUUUUUGAAAAAAAUUUUUUCAUCAAGUUCAACGUCCUAUACCCUCUGGUUUUUUCUGCUACGAUAAUUUUUGCCCCGGUAUAAUUGGUGCUACCGGUGCGGGAGCAGAAACAAAAAGUGGAGUGUAAACAAGAGGAUAGUUGCGCUCCGGUUUCGUAACUCGAGUGGUGGUGGUCGUUACAGGGCUACCUAUAUCAGUGCUGGCGAAAGGAGAAGUAAAAAAAGAACCGUCGACUGCUAGCGGACAAUGUGACGAAAUGUACUCGAGCCUGGGGAUAUCGGAAGAUGGAACGAGUGUCGGCGAGUCUGGAAGAGAGCUGUAAAUCGUGAAAGAACAAAAGUGGAAGCCGAUAUAAUAGAUAAUCGCGUUGGAGUACUGCGAGAUAGAGCCGGAGCGAGAGAGAGAGAGAGAGAAAGAGAGAAAGAGAGAGAGAGAGGAUGAAGGGCAAAGUCAAGGUAUAGCAAAAAGGAGAACUGCUGCAGGUCGUUGGUACAGAGUAUCUAUAGGAUAGUACGUAAGAUGAAGGAGUAGCCGUGCGAGGAACAGGGGGCAGGUAGAGGAAGGGUGGAGAAGGAGGCAGGGAAGAGAAGAGAAAAGAAGCUAGAUAUAGAUAGAUGCAUGUGGUUCACGGAGUGGCGCUCGGUGUCUGCACGGCGAAGAGCAGAGAAAAAAGGUCCUUCCGUCUCCGUGGCAGCCGGUGUCUCGGGUCCUUUCGCAACGGCUGCGGCGGCGGCGGCGGCAGCAGAAAUCCCCGAGAGAGAUAGUUGCAGCUACCCGCGCGCUACUCGCGAGAGCGAGAGGAGAAUGUAAGGCUCGCCUGGCUCUCUCACCUACACGUCGCUGCACCCAUACACUCUCUCGCCCAUCGCGCUCACGGGCACACACGCGCGCCGCGGAGACCAGCAGGCAAAGUCGGAGCCCAAGCCGAGAGAGCGAGCGCUUGGCGCGGAGCCGCGCGGCGAUGCCAGAUCUACCUGGCCGCCACCGUCGCCGUUGCUACUUGCCAUUGCAGCUCGUACCGGAUACACAUCGGUGAAUCAUGCCGUCGCUGAUCCUGCCGCCGACACUCGGCCCACCAGCUCCGCCUGCUGUCUACUUGCCAGAGCCGAGCGCCAGAAUGUGCCAUCGCAGCCGAUAAUAAGGAAGACAGGCGAAGAGAAGAGUGAAAAAGCCGAAUGCCAUUGGAAGUGUGGACGAGCGGUGCGAAAAGUGGGAGCAGCAGUGAAGCAGUAGCAUCGCAGGCGAUGCCGCUGUGCGGGCGAAGGUAGCGUUGCACGACGCGCACCUCGACCGCCUUGCGAGCCACUCGAGGUACCAUGCGCACGGCUCUGCCGCUGGUGCUACUCUGGCUCCUCGUCCUCGUGCAAGGCCUGCCCUUGCAGCCAGCCAGACCGCAUCUAGGAAUAAUCCGUAACUCGUACGUGCGCCGCUAUGAGCCGGCCUGGUACGACGCGGCGGCCUUACGCCGACAUCGCGAUCGAGUGCGUCGCGAUGUUACAGGGGCCGCGAGGGAUCAGCCGCUUAUCCUACGAGUGCGCGCCUUCGACAAGCAAUGGACAAUGCGUUUGGUGCGUGACACGGGAUUAUUUUCGAAGGAUGCAGUGUUCGAGGGUGCGGAGGGGCCAAUCGAUUUCGACGCAAGCCAUUCGUACACCGGCACCAUACUCGAGGACGAGAACGCCAUGGUGCAGGGAGUCAUGACGGAGGACGGCCUGCUGGAUGGCAGCGUGGUGACCAAUCUCGAGGAGUACUACAUUGAACCGGCCAGCAGAUAUGUGUCCGCCGACGAGGAUACCUCGCCGCCAUAUCACACGAUCGCUUAUCGUACCAGUGACGUUGAAAAGCCGCCUCAACCCACUCGCUGUCCAAGCCAAAAAUUCAAGGAUGGCAAGCGUAACGAGGCUCUCAGGAGGCUUGGCUCGUCAAACGAUACGGCGCAGCAGCCGUUCUACGAGCAUUUGCUGGACAACGAGGUUCGAUUGUACGGCGGCUUCUACUCCAAGGAGCCCGAGCUCGACGACGCCAGUCUUCCCAAAAGGGACACCUACACGGAUUAUCUCAACAGAUUGUACCAGGGCCGCUUGGUGUCGCAUCUGCACAAGCGGGCGACCGUCGACCCACGAAAGACCACUUGCAUGCUCUAUCUGCAGGCCGAUCACCAGUUCUUCGCGCGAUACGGCACGGAGGAGGCCUGCAUCGAAGUUAUGACCAGGCACGUGCAGAAAGUCAACUCCAUUUACAAGCACACAGACUUUAAUCAAGACGGCCGACCAGACAAUAUAAGUUUCAUGAUAAAGCGAGUGAAGGUGCACAGCGGCGAUGCUCUGCGAGACCCCAACUACAGGUUCCCCGGCAACUAUGGCGUCGAGAAAUACCUCGAGCUCUUUUCCGAGGAAGACUACGAUGCGUUCUGCCUGGCGUACAUGUUCACGUACCGGGACUUUGAGAUGGGCACGCUGGGAUUGGCUUGGACAGGCGACCUGAAGAACGCCGGCGGAGUCUGCGAGAAGAAUGGGCAUUACAGAGGCAGCAUGAAAUCUCUGAACACCGGCAUAGUGACUUUAUUGAACUACGGCAAACACGUGCCACCGGCGGUAUCCCACGUGACGCUUGCUCACGAGAUUGGCCACAAUUUCGGUUCGCCGCACGACCCGGAGCAGUGCACGCCCGGCGGCGAGGACGGCAAUUUCAUAAUGUUUGCUCGGGCGACCAGCGGCGACAAGCGCAACAAUAAUCGCUUUAGCCCCUGCAGCCUCAACUCCAUCAACCCCGUGCUCAACACCAAGGCUCGCUCGCCCAAAGGCUGCUUCACCGAGCCGCAGGUGUCGUUGUGCGGCAACGGCGUAGUGGAGGAGGGCGAAGAGUGCGACUGCGGCUGGGAGGAGGACUGUCGAGAUUCGUGCUGCUUUCCUCAACGACGUUACCCACCGGCCGAUGAGGUGCCCUGUACGCUCACCCCGUCCUCCAUCUGCAGUCCCAGCCAGGGACCAUGCUGCACGGGAGACUGCAGAUUGAGAUUCGGCGACAAGUGCCGGGACGACAACGGCUGCCGGGACGCGAGUUUUUGCGACGGCAGGGCGCCCUAUUGCCCGCCCUCCAUUAACAAGCCCAACAAAACCAUCUGCAAUCAAGAGCUCGUUUGCUUCAUGGGGGAGUGUACCGGAAGUAUUUGCCUUGCCUACGGACUCGAAUCCUGCCAGUGCAUCCCAGGACCCGACGACCCACCCACGAAGGCUUGCGAACUCUGCUGCCGCCUGCCUGGCGAGAAUCAGCCUUGUCUCUCGUCGUUCGACUGGAACUCGCCGCCCUACGACAUCCCGGAUAUGUUCGCUAAGCCGGGCACGCCUUGCAACGACUACAACGGCUACUGCGACGUCUUUCAAAAGUGCCGCGAGGUCGACCCGAGCGGACCGCUCGCCACACUCAGGAAGCUGCUGCUCUCCGACGAGAGCAUCGCCACCUUCCGGCGCUGGAUCAUCGAGCACUGGUACGCGGCCACCCUCAUCGUCGUCGUCACUAUUUCCAUUCUGGUGAUCAGCGCCAAAUUUUUGCGGAAAAGGCCGGGCAAGAAGCUCAAGUCGGUCACGAUAAUCCACAGCUCGACGACGGAGACGGUGCGUCUGCCGCCAGAGGGGGCGGAGGGGGUGACGGUUCACCCGCCGGCGGUCAGGGCCAAGCUGCCCCUCAGCAAGAAAGUAAGGGAGAAACGACGCAGACCCAAGCGUAAGAAGGAUGCCCAAACACACGACAAGUCAUCCAAGGCAAAACGAAAACGAGUAGCAGCUGCCCAGGCAAUUGCCACAGUGGUAGCCGCGUCAGCAGCCCCAGAGGAGGCUGCUCGCAAGAGGCAAGACGGCGUAUUAGUUAGCACGGCGGAUGCGACUCAACAGACUUCGGCUUUGCAGCAAUUAAUGAAGCGCGCGCCCAAGGACAAGAAAAAGACGUCGUCGUCGCAAGCGCAAGCACAGUCGCAGCAACAGCAACAGCAACUGCAGCAGCAGCAGCAGCAGCAGCAGCAGCAACAGCAGCAGCAGCAGCAGCAGCAGCAGCAGCAGCAGCAGCAGCUGGCGCAACAGCGCAAGAAGAAGGAGGUGAUCGACUAUUCGGCCGCGCAGACGAGCGGCAACGACAAAGCGGCCGAGGCGACGCCGGCCAACGUGACAACUCCGACGGCGGUGGCGGUGAUCAGUGGGUCCGGCUCCAGUGGCGCCGAUCCCAAGAGUAAAGUGCGCUCGUGGCUGCUCGCUUCGCACUGCCGCGUUGACGCGCCGCCUGCCGCUCUGCCCAAAAGCAAAUCCAGCCCCGUUAAUCUGCAAGCCAAUCCCGUGGCUGGCCUACCGCCUCGACCUCCACCGGUUAACCGCAACAAUAACACACGACCAGUAACGUUGAAAAGACUGACCGGCUCGAAGUCGCGCAGCGCGACCAACCUGACGAGAAACGACAGCUCGGCAGCAGUGAUAGCAGGAGCAACCACAGGCAACAGCUUGGCCGCAAAAAAUGAGAGACUAAGGCUGCAGGUGGUGUACAAGCCACCGUUCAAGUUCACGGUGAAGCUGCGUAAGGGCGAUAAGACGCUGACCGGUGGAGCGGCGGCGAGAGCCAACGUCGGUGGCGGCAGUGGUGGCGGUGGUUGUUGCAAUAAUCCGGGACCAAGGACAGGAGUGCUGGUGCGCACGGUAGCCGACAAGAAGGCCAAGAGAGACAAGAAGAGUAAGGCCAAAUUAUCGAGCAGGGCGUCGUCGAAACUGAGCCAGGCGUCGUGUAUUGCCGAGCCCGCCAACUCGGACCUGCACACCGUGCCCUCGGACCUCGAAGUGCUGCUCUCGGAGAGCGAGUUCCUCUUCUCGGACACGUGAUCGCGCGAGGUCGGCCCACACGGGCGACGCAUCCCCACGAUAGAGUUCGCUAUUACUACUGCUAUUCCUCCUCGCCACGCGUCGUUCGUGUUCUUGUUUGAGCUUUAGCUUGACUUUCACUAACUUUGCCCGACUGCUGCUAGUUUGGAUGUUUUUUUUGCCUCCUCUUCGAGCUUGCCGAGCGACACGAUAAGUUUUUCCGCUUCUCACGCGUUUCGACUUCUUCCGAAGUCUUCCAACUUGUACAGUGUAACAACUCGAUCGCUCGCUCUUGAAUCCAUGAGAAAUUAUAUUUUGCACAUCUUUAUGGCCCAUUGUGAGUAGACCUCGAUAAUCAUCUCCGAAGUUUUGCAAAACUUUUGACAAGUUUUAACGUUCCCUUGUCAAGAAUUGUUGGCGAUCACAUAUCAAAUGAAUGCUUGCGUCAGCAGUGUUGUUUUGUGCUUUCAAAGCCAAACUAACAGCAGUUGAAUAAAUGCGAGAUAAGAAUGCCCUGCCAGUACGGCAACUCUAUAAACUCUAUCAAAACAAAAUGUGUACUGAUCGACUCGUUAAAUACUGCCAGUGCCCUAUUGCAUGAGACCGUAGUGUCGUUAUUGAAUGAAUGAGGUAUAAAUAUAUAAGGUAGUCGCGUGAAGCCUCCGAAGAGGAGCUCGCUCGCGUGCGCUUUUUGUAUAUAAUGUUUACUGUGAUUUUUUCGCGCGCGAGCCUCGUUAGACGAUUCAAAACACGUUCCUGAGCGCGACGAUGAGCGAAAGCGAAAAGACAAGUCCUAGUAGGACUCUCUUUAUCCCUCUCUUUAUUUUUACUCGCUGACAGAGAGGAUUUUUCUUUUACCCUCGGGGCUAAAGUCUUCGUUCUCUCUCGAAAUCAACUACUGCCGCUGUGAACGAGGAAAGCAUCUUUUGAGUCUUCUCUCAAAACGUGCAUCACAAGACUUACUUUACUAUUUUCCGUUGCGACUUCUUCGGUUCUUUUUUCUUUUGUUCACAGUUUCUUGUGCUACAAUAGAGUUUUUUUCUUUUUCUUCAUUAGCUGUUUUCUUCAAAUAUGUACUUAAUUGACUAGUCAGAACUUACACCGGUCAGCUAAGUGUUUCACUUCUACGUGCUGUUGAGUAUUGGCAAUUUUCGCGUGCGCUUCUUCCAAUCUGUCAUAAAAUUCAGGCCAUCUACGCAAAGGUUUAAUGAAGUUUUAUAGACUAAUGGUAUACUCGCAGUUUUAUGACUGGCUAUCUUCUUGUACAAUCCAAUUUUUUUUUUAACAAUUGGAUUUUUAUUGUUAUUAAGAUGUGAAAGCCGUCUGGCCUGAACGGCUUCAAAUGCAAAAUCUGCAAUUAAAAAUGUUUCCUAGCGCUAUAUAAAAAUGGUCAUUGUAAUAUAAAUUGAAUUAAAAAAUCCGAACUCAUUUGGAAUGACGCUCGCGAUCGUAAGAAUGUCUAAGUAAUAAGAGACUAAAACACUAUCGUUCCGCAGAAAUUUAUGAAGAAAAGAAUAACAUACAAAUACAUUUAUAGAAAUGUAAAUAUAAAUAAUUUUUCGUAAAGGCUCCUUAGCGAGAUCGUACGUUGUAGGUAAUACCACAAUAGAAGUCGAGGGCGAUUAUCGGAAAGGGAUCAAGCAUAUAAUUAGGAAUUUGCUCGAGCAGAUUAAACUACAUGUGUCAGUGCAAGUCAUUCGAAAACACUGCCUUCUAUCCUCAUGACCCAUAUGUGAAUGUAUCUAAAUAACAAACAACAUAAACUGACAAAAAAAAAUUGGUUCAAUUUAAACCUUCGUACGCGAUAGCGAGGUCAAUUUCAUUAAGCUGAUUGAUACCUUUUGUAUUUAAAAUUUCUUUUUAAUAUUCAGUCCAACGCGUGAACAUUUCUCCUGAGUUUUUCGUAAAUGUACAUAAAGAUAAGAAUAUGAAUAAACAUAUGUGGUUGAAAUCACGUGACAAGCUUGAAAGAGCAAAAAGAGAAAGAGAGAGAGAGAGCUACAAAGUUUGCAAGGAGAAUCUUCACUUAUUUACUGAUAUGGUUCCUGCAGCCACGAAUUCCUAAAGACGGACGUACGAGCCACGAAGUCGGUAUACAACUCAUGCAUGUAAAUAUGCGCAAACUAAACGUAAUUUGAAUAUAAAGCAGGAGAGGAGCUAUGUGUGCGCUAGUAGAACGAGAGAUAGAGUGAGAGCUAAAGAACGAGAAAAGCGAGCCAUUUUGCCAUGGGUGCGAGGCAAACGUUCGACUUUAACGAAGCGAUAGUUUGCUUAGUCGCUAAACACUCAUAUUCAUAUUUUUGUGAUGCUGUAAAUAACUGUAUCUAAACUUAUCGAGAUUAGGGCACUCAAUCGAUAAUAUGUUUCUUUGCAGCUGAAAUUUUUUAUUGCGAUUAAUUUUUGGAUUAACAUUUACAAUAUGUAAAUCACGCUGUCGAAAGAAAAUCCACCAAUCACAUAACUAGACUUUUAAUUUUCAGUAUGAAUUAGUAACUUUUAGCAUGAUUUCUAUUUAAUUUACAUUUUUUACAAAUAUAAUCGUAAAUACCGCUUCAAAUUUAAAAUUAUUGUCGCUUUUACUUUUAACUUUUUUUUCUCACUACUCAUGCCAUUAUCGCUAGAUCUGUCAUGAUGAAUAUAAUCAACCUAACAGUCAUCAUCACUUUCUCAGUUAAGACAAUAACAUUAUUGUUUAUAUUACUUGUAUCGUCGACGCUGCGAAGUACUAGAACUUUAGUGAACGUGAUAAAAUGUGAACUGAAAACGACAAUGUUUUGUAUGUAUUAUCUAUAAGUGAAAUAUUAAUUGGUGCUGUUUCUACUAGUAAAUUACUACUAACUUGUUAACAAUAUAGUUAGUGAUAAAUAAAUGUUGAUCCUUUUUCAGUUGACAUUUUUCGUUAAACGGAUUUAGUUUCAUGAAUUUAAUGAGUCUAAGUACUACCCAGCUCCGAUGCAAUUUCUCGUGAUAUCUGCGAAAAUUGCAAUUUAAUACUUUUUGUUCAUAAUUGUUUAUAAGUGAAACAAAUCGUAUUUACUUGAUUAUUUAUUAAUCUUUGAUUGGCUAGUGUUAAAGCAAAUUCUUUUAGUUGCAGCUACGCUUAUUGAUAUAGUAGGAUGAUAUGGUAUGAUUAUAUCAAUAGGUUGUCUUGAAAAAUUUCACUGUUGUUGUAACCACGAUGAAUAUUGAAUAGUUUGUUGUUAACUUAGUAAUAUCGAACAAAAAUAUAUGAAAACUAUUUAAGCCGAUGCGAGAUUACCGAAAAAUGUUAUUUAGACAUUUUUGUUGAAUUUAUUAUAAAAGCAAAGUAAAUUGACUUGCGCCUGUAAACUUUUACUAAAUAAAAAUAUUAUUACUCUUUUGAUUUUUAAAGUAUACCAUUGUGACUGGUCUUCCAUUUUAUUAAUUUUUUAACGCAUACUUGACAAUUUUAGUCUUUCAUCGACAGCUUAAACUUUCAUGUAAUUGCGUAUCUUAUUUAAUUUGAAUUCAUUUACGCAAGACUUAUUUUCUAAGCCACAGACCAAGUCUUGUUAACAUGUUAUGAAUGGUUUUUUCAUGCAAAGAUGUGCAGAAUGUUUUUUUUAAUUGUAAAAAGGAUAUGUUUGUAAAAGUUCUCUGUUAAUUCAAUCUAACGAACAAGUUGAAGAAGUCAUAUUCGACUUUUUUUUAACGUAGUCAUAUUAUAAAUUGCCGAUCUAAUUAUAUACAGAAAAUGGCUGCUGUAUUUUUACACGAAACUUAUGUGUAAAUAUCGUUAAUGAUGGCUGUAACAUUCCUAUAUUAUGUAUAUACCAAUGUACUAAUAAAAUUUAGA